AUGUUCGGAUUUAGUGUAAGAACGUUGCAAAAUGCAAUAGGAUCGCCGCGAUCCAUAAGCUCUCCUAGCACCGCAAAGUCGCUAAACUCGCAAACCUCGUUCUCGUCUCAAUCUCCGAGGGUUACGGCCGCUUCUCCAAAAACCGAUGUCGGAGAGAUCGAUACUAGGGCGCCCUUCCAGUCGGUCAAGGCUGCCGUUAGCCUUUUUGGUGAGGUCGGGACGCCUAGAGCCCGGCCCGUCACCAAGAAGACCCGAGCCGAAGAGCAACGGCUACUGGAGAAGGAGACACAGCACCACAUGAUCCUCAAACAGCUCGAAAAUUACAAAAACAACCUUAAAAUCCUCGAAGCCGCCAAAGCGCAAGCCCUCCGCGACAUCCAAAUCGCCAACAAAACCGUCGCCGAGCUCACCAACAAGCUCGAAAACCUAAGCGAAUCCAAGCAGUCCAUCAUCGCCGCCACCGAAGCCGCCAAAGCCCGCGCCAAAUCCCUCCAGGAAACCAAAUCCGGCGACGCCGCCGCCUCCGACACCGCCGCCUCCGCCGCCGCCGUCGACGCCGAGCGCGAGCUCUACAAAGCCUCCUCCGCCGAGCUCAUCGCCUGCAAACAAGAGCUCACCGAACUCCGCCAGGACUUCGACGCCGCCCUCGCCGCCAAAGUGGCGGCGUUCCAAAAAGCCGAAGACGCCCGCCAGUCGGCUCAGAAGAACCGCGACUUGCGGCGGCGCCUCGCCGGAGAAAUCGCCGCCCUCCGCGAAACCCUAGGCCAGGUCAAGCAUGAAGCCGCCAUGGCCGAGGAGGAUCACCUGAAAUUAGUAGCAGAGAAAGAAGUGCACUUUCUUGUCCAUAAAUCCGCCAAAGAAGCCGCCGAGAAGGAAAUCCGCCGCCUCACGGCGGCGCACCGCCCGGAGGAGAAUCUCGAGCGGAAGCUCGAGGAAGUCAGCGAGGCCGUGAAAGUUCUCCGGGAGCAGCUCGACGACGUCCGCACGGCGGACAUGGAUUCUCUCCAAGCCCUAAUUUUCGAGGUCGAGAACGAAAAGAAAGAGCUCCGGGACGCCAUGGCCGGCGAAGCUUCCCACCGGAGCUCCGUCGACAACCUCCGGCGACAACUCGACGAAAUCAGAUCAAAAAUCCAAUCGUCGUCGGAGUCCGCGGCGGAGGCGGAAUCGCGAGUGGAGCAGUUACAGGCGGAGGUGGAAUCGAAAAAAUCCGAUCUUGAAACCGCCGCGGCGGAGGCGGCGGCGAUGCAAUCGGAGAUGGAGAACUUAAUUUCCGGCGCGGAGAAGGACAGGCAGGAAUUGGACACGAUCAUAAAGGAAGCCGAUAAAUUCCGGCGGGAAGCCUCCGCCGCGAGGGCGGCGGCGGCCACCGCCGACGAUAAGCUGGAGGUUGCGGUUAAAGAGGCGGAGGCGGCGAAGGCGGCGGAGAAACGAGCGGACGAUCAAAUUCACGAGUCUCCGAGGGUCCCCGCCGCCGGCGUCGGCGGCGGGCCGGCGGCGGAUUCAGGUCCGGCGAGGAAGAUAAGGCUGUCGGUGGAGGAAUUCAGGUCGAUGACGCAGAAGAUUGAGGAUUGCCGGAAGGAGGCGGAUAAGAGAGUGGUGGCGCUGAGGGCGGAGCAGCAGAGCGUCCGGGCGAGGGAGACGGCGGCGGUGAAGAAGGUGGAGGGGAUGGUGAAGGAGAGGGAGGGGAUAGAGGCGGAUAUGGAGGAGGCUGUGAGGAAGGCGCAGACGGCCACGGCGGCGGUGGCGGUGGUGGAGAGUGAGCUCCGCCAGUUGAGAAGUAGUUUUGACAGUCGGCGGUAUCAGACCAAUGGAUGAGUUUUGUUGGUUUUAAAUUUAGGUGUAAAUAAAUGUAGAAUAUUUUGUAUGUAAGAAAUUUAUCAAUGGUGUGUUUGUUUGAAGAAUUUUGGUGGGUUUCCACUAUUUAUUCAAUUUUUUU